AUGAAAAGUAGAGAAUAAGUUACUGUCGAAAAAGAUAAAGAGCAUGAAUAUUUUUUGCCUUGGUAAUUGAGAGCAAGCAUUGAAAAUGCUAAGACUUUUGAAAAUAAAUGCUAGCAUUAGUAUUUAAAUUGGAUAUAUUUUGAAAUAGUUUCUGAUGAGUAAGUCAAGAUUUCGCUACAAUUCAUACAACCUUUUUAUGAUUAGCAAAGACUUCAAAUUAAUAACAAACUUGAUGUAAUGAUUGAAAUCUUGGAAAAUUUAAGAGUUUUUCUUUUCAAAAAAGAAUAAUUAGAUCCUCUUGAUGAGUCUAAGUCCUUGUUUCUCAAGAGACCUCUCUAUAAGGAACUGCACGUUGAAAAAGAAUUUGAAAAUUACUAUUACUAUUAGGUUAAAAAAGAAACACCUAAACUUUAAUAACUACAAAGAAUAUAUUCAAAUUAUCAUUCUGAAUACUAUAUUCACGAAAAUAUUGAGGAUAGAAACUUAAUAAUGAGGAUGCACCAAAUUGAAAAGGGGGCAUAUAGUCAUUUAAUAUCUAGUUUUAGUUUUCUGCAUUGGUCAAUAAUGGAGUAACUUAAAAGCGGCUAGAUCACUAUAGAUAUGUUAGAACUAUAAAUGAUUGAAUAGCUCAUAUAUAUUAUAGUACCUGGAGGAAGAACUGUAUUACAUUACCUUUGUGACUAGAAAGAACAACUAAUCAAGCUAUUUGAAAUUUGCCAUCCUGAUGGAAAAAUUUUCUAUUAUCUACCAAUCAUUUAAGAUUUUUAAGGAAAUACAGUUUUUCAUCUUUUGGCAGAGAGAUAAGAUUUUAGUACUAUAGAUAGACUUCUACCUUAUCUUUCUCUAUACUCAUUUGGGCAUCAUUCAAGAGCAAUUAAAAAUCUAUAUCCACUAUUUAUUUAGUAAUAACUACCUUCUUUUAUUCCAUUUCUGGAGUCAGCUACAUUCGAAACUCUACAAUCAAAAGAAAUUAAAUCGGGAUAAUUAAAAGAUGACUACCCUGAUAUUAUAUCCUGUGAUGUCAAAUUCAUAAAAUCAUCUCUAAAUGAGGAAUUAUUUGAAUAGACUCAAAAGGUAGGCACCAAUAUAAAGCUCUAAUUCUUAGAUAUUCCUAGUCUGUAUCAAUUUUUGGACAAAGACUUUAUUUAAUUUUUCAAAGAACUAGCAAGUACUCGUCUUUUUAAUUACUUUAAUUGCAAGCCUAUCCAAAAGAUCAUUGAAUUUAAUUAUCCAAUAGUCCAAAUGUAUAUUGUCUAUUGGAUAAUAUUACCAUUCAUAAUAUUCCACUUGAUUUUUGUUUUUUAUAUGAAUCUACUUUAUGAACACAGAAAGGAAGAUGAUAAAAAAACUUUAAAUAUGGUCAUGAUAAUAAUCUAACUUGUUUUUUCAGGGUACUUUUUGUUAAUGGAACUAAAACAAUUUACUCUUUAAAAAAUAAUGUACAUUGCCUAAAUGUGGAAUUACAUAGAUUUAAUUGCUCCCUUAGGUGUCGUUAUUAUUUAAAUUAUCUAAUUUCUUGAGAUAAAUGAAUAUCAGAUCAAUGAAGAUUUUAACAGAUCAAUUUUAUCUAUUUCAACUUUAUUUAUGUGGAUAAAGCUCUUGUAUGUUAUGAGAAUUUUUAAAAAUACUGGAUACCUGAUCAGGAUGCUAAUAGAAGUAGUUAGUGAUAUGGGUAUUUUCUUGCUUUUGUUGCUUAUUACAAUACUUGCUUUUGGAGACUCAUUCCUUCGAUUAUCUAAUGGCAAUAGUGAGGAUUCUUAAUUCAUAGAGCAUUUCUUUUAUGCGGGUCUCUAUGUGUAUAGAAUGAUCUUGGGAGAUUGGGAUACUGAUGCUUUUGGAGAAAUAUCGCUGCCUUUGGUUUGGAUUUUAUUCGUAAUGUGUACAAUUUUUGAUAUGAUUGUGAUGCUUAACUUGCUCAUCGCUAUUAUCUCAGACACCUAUGCUACUGUAGCUGAAAAUUCAGAAUAAGCAGGAUUUUAAGAAAUGGCUAAGCUCAUUGAAGAAAAUGAAUACCUUGUUCCAUAUCAUAUAAAAAAGAAGCAAGCCAAGAAGAUGCAAUACCUGCUAUUAAUUGAUCCUGUGGAAAACAUAGAAAAGAAAGAUGAUUCUGUUGUUAUUUUAAAGGUUGAGUCAGUUUUAAAGCAAAUUGAAAACAAUAAAAAAGAUUUGGAUACUACAAUAAAAUAGAUGAAUAAUAAGAUUGACAACAUUGUGACUCAAAUCGUAAAGAUCCAACAAGAUCAUUAAAAGGCUCUUACAAAUGAAAUUUAGCAGCUUAAAACAGAAAUUUAGUUGAAUAAAGAAAAAGAAAUUGUUCAACCAGUUUAAGCACCUGCUAUAGAUGCUUAAGAACCUCCUAAAUGA